UGAGAAAAUUAAAACAGUUUUGGUCGAUUUCAUAAACAGUUACAUGUAGUUUUUGAAUACGAAUUUGGAGAUCUAACAGAAAUAGGAAAGAAACUAACUGCUCCCAACUUGUACUUAAGUGUGUAACGGACUACAGAUGUAACAGAAAUAGGAAAGAAACUAACUGCUCCCAACUUGUACUUAACUUAAGUGUGUAACGGACUACAGAUGUAACACAAACAGGAAAGAAACUAAGUGCUCCCAACUUGUACUUAAGUGUGUAACGGACUACAGAUGUAACACAAACAGGAAAGAAACUAAGUGCUCCCAACUUGUACUUAAGUGUGUAACGGACUACAGAUGUAACACAAACAGGAAAGAAACUAAGAGCUCGUUGCUUUACUAUCCUUCUUUUUAAGAGCUCCUGAUGAGGAGAUAAUUGAAAAAAUGUGGAUACAAGACUUUCCAGGAUCGAAGAUAAAUUUAGAACAGAAAUUUAAAUCGUUUACAAAAACAGUCUACUUAAAUGUGUUUAUCAUGGUCUUACUUUCAUCCAGAAAUGUGCUUUCUGUAACUCUAAAGUUUCAAAUGAGGGAUUACAACUCUUCAACUUUAAACUUCGACAAAGGAAAAAUAACCACAGAUAUUCCCCAACAAAUAUAUAGCACCAUGUUACAGAAAAACAAAGAUGGCGUUGUUUUAAUAGAGACGAGAAAGACAGAAGGCCUAGUUGGCAAGAAAAGUGAAACAGUUUGUCAGGAUGAUGAAAUUUUAGUGAAUUCUUUAGGUUGUUUUAAAAAAGAUGAACCUAGUUUCAACGCCACCAGAGUUCCCAUAGUCGUAGGAGUGGUAACGAGCAUUGUUGUUGCGGUUCUUAUUAUUGUUUCGAUCUUAAUGUUAUCGAGGAAGUAAGUAUCAUAAUUACUGUUGCUUGAACACGUACGGUAUAAGAACGAUUAGAGAGAAACAAAAUGCAUUUUAUAUGUCAUAAACGACUGUUCAGACACAGCCGAAAAAGAAAAAGGUAUGAAGCCGAGCUAGUGUCUUUAUGCUUUUAGUGACAAAUCGGCACGCAAGCACAUGCGCGAAGUUUUUGAAACGGAUCGAACUUUCUUUUUUCAGAAAA